AUGUCCGCCACAUCCGCUGCCGGCUCGCUGCUGAGGCGGCAGCUCAAGGAGAUGCAGGCGAACAAGGAUCUCCCCGGAAUCUCGUGCGGGCUCGUCAACGACGGCAACAUCUUCGAGUGGGAGGUGAUGCUGAUGAUCAACGACGACUGCAAAUACUAUGGCGGAGGUAACUUUCGCGCCCGCAUGGUCUUCCCGCCCAACUACCCGCACAUGCCCCCCACGCUCACGUUCCAGCAACCCGUGCCCUUCCAUCCCAACAUCUACGAGUCCGGGGCGCUGUGCAUCUCCAUCCUGCACCCUCCCGAGGAGGACGAGUACGGCUACGAGGCCGCGUCGGAGCGCUGGAGCCCCGUCCAGUCCCCCGAGACGAUCCUCGUCAGCACGCUCAGCCUCUUCCACGACCCCAACGAUGAGAGCCCCGCCAACGUCGAGGCUGCCCGCCUGUUCCGCGAGGAGCGCGAGGGCAAGCACAAGGAGUUCCGCAAGAGGUGUCGCAAGUGCGUCCGUGAGAGCCUGGGCGAGGACUGA